UAUUUACGGAACGAGAAGGGCCGAAAACUGAAAUAUUGAAUUCUGCUAAUCUGUAGCUGUAUACAGAUUUUAAGUUAACCAUGUUCAGAGAAAUCGUAACAGUAUUUUGGUUUGUGUUGACGAUAUCCCAGACGCAUGGCCAGCAGACGACGAUCUGUCAGACGACUUUCCUGACCCAGUUCUACAACUGCAUCCAGAAGGUGAGCCUCGUCCCUCAGAACAUCCUGUGGUUCACCAAGAACGGGACCAUCGGCACGAAGCCAGCCAAUGAGGCCACGUUUAAAACCUCCGCCUGCAGUCUAAGACAGCAGAUUUCCGACUGUUCCACGGAUGCCAUGAACAAGAUUAUAAACAGCACGGCAUGCGCAGAUAAGGACAAAAAUUCUAUCAAAGACUUCUUCGGAAGUGUCUUUGGUCCGUACGACGAGAAGUGCGCACAUCCGUGUCGGUGGACGUUGUUUGGUUCGUUUAAGAGGUGUCACGACAACAUUGGCAUCAGUUCCGGUCCGUUCCUGUUGAACACAGCUAUCGCGUCUGUGAUUGGUUCGAAUGAAACGGAAACAGCACUCUUCUGCUCAAACCGUGGCCGACUGUUGAUGUGUAUGACGAAGGAAAAGUCCAGGUGCCCGGAAGCAGACUUCGUUAUGAAACAAGUCGGAUUUGACCUCAAUGUCAUGAAGAAAUCCACAGACGUCUUCUGCAGUUAUCCUAAAGUAUACCUGGAUAGCAUCCUCUGCUUUAACAAGCUGUCAGCGGAAGUACGGAAAUGCCACCAGGGGGCAGCGAACAAAAUGGCCGACCUGUCGUCGAAAUUCCAAAUAAUAGUCAAUGAGAACGAUUUUAAUCGUCAGUUUUGCUCAAUUCGUCAAGAAUCUGUAUCCUGUGACCUGAUGGUGUGGACCAAUAACCAGGACAAAGAGAAAUGCAACAAGGCCGUCGUCGGGCUGAGAACCGAGUACGGCUGUAAACUCCUGCCCAGUCAGUGCACGCGCCACUCGCUCGCUCCGAUGACGUCAGUUUGCAGCGAAGACAAAUUCAUGAUGGCCGCUAGAGAUAACUACGGAAGUGGCGCUGCUAAUCCAACUUCCGUUUCCGCUUUGUGGGCAAUCAGUGUUUUAAUAUUGCUGAAUAUUUGAUGGUGGUUUGAAAUAGUGUUGUGUGUUUGUGAUUAAAUCCAGUUAAAGAGUAUAGAGGACCGAGAGUUGUGUAGAAUGCCGGGUCCUAGUUCCACGUUGAUUCUGUGUGAUGACAAGUCCUGCAAAAUACUUUUAUUUUGUGGAUUUCUGAAAGAGUAUUUUCUGGAACUUGAUGUUCAUUAAUAUAAGACGUUAUGGUGUGAGUCACACGAUAAGUUAAAUAAUACCAAUUUUAAUUGGAAAAACAACAGUUGAAAUAUAAAAUGUAUGAAGACUCUUAAAAAAAUGCAGAUUUUAAGCUGGCGUUUGUUAAAUUACCAUGUAUAUUUGGCAAAUAUAUUUCAUUAUUAUAUCAUCAAAAUCCAAUUGAAAAAUCAAAUAAAUACACUACAUUAAAAUUAAAGGCUUAAUUUUGUUAUAUAAUUAUAAUUUUUUCACCUGACUCCAACUUUAAUUUGGCUACACGUCUUCUGACCAAAUUCGUCAAAUUUCUCAUCAUUUUUGGGGUCCAGCUUAAAUCCUAAAAAGAAAAAUGCAUCUAAAGUUAAUUUUCUUUCCCUGUUUUUAAAUCUUACAUACCACUUCAUUAACAAUGUAUGUUAUCUUAUUUUUAGUUUUUCCAAUAUUUAGCUUUCUAUGUUGUACUUGUCUUGGUGGCAUCAAUGUCUUUUAAGAUCAAAUGGAAUGGUGAUGUCGCGUCUGUUUGUAUAUUUAAAGGUCGUGAAAUAACCGAUUAACCAACCAAAUAUGAAUAUUUGUAAAUUAUUGUUGAAACCAAAUGUAACUAUGUUAAAUUAAAGCCAGAGUUUGACAAGUCAAAAUGGGAAUGGAAGUCAGGGCCGGAUCCAGGAUUUUGUAAGGGAGGGGAAACAAAAUUCUAAAAAGGGCAAUUUGAAUUGUUGUUUUUUUCGAAGCCAAAUAAGCCGAGCUCCCAAAGAGAGCGAGAUUCGCAGUGAGUUCGGGAGGUUGCCCCUCUGAAUUGUUUUUAAAUAAAGAUGUUCAGAGCUGCAUUUUCAGAACAUUUUGGUGUUCAUUAUUAUGGAUGAUGAAUUUAAAAAACAAAACCGGCGAUAAACAGAACACUUCAAACGGGUGAGGAUGGGAGUCACAAGAUCUGGAUUCUUUGGUGCAUACAUUUCAUUACUACGUCGUUAAAAAGCUAAUUCGAAAAUCGAAUAAAAACAAAUCUUUAAAGAGUCUGAAUACUGUUUGAUAAUUAAAACUUUAAUCAGGUACAGGGUUCGAGGAAAAUUUACACAAGUUUCAAGUUUCCGCUUCUGUUUUUGUAAAGUAUUUUUGUCUGGUAGAGAGCGAGACAUUGUCCAGUGGUAAAGCGGUCGGUCCAGGAUCGAUCCCCGUAAGUGGGCCCAUCGGACUCAGGCUCUGACUGUCAACUGUCAGCAGAAAGUUGGCCAACUCGACGGUUGGAUUGUAAUUUCCUCAACUCCCGACUUACGACGGGUGCGCUCAGAUUACCAACUAAUAGGUUAUAUGACGAGAAUCAAGUUGUAAGAGCGCUCAGAUUAAGAACUACACAUGUAAUGGGUUAUACGACGAGAAUCGAGUUGUAAGAGUGCUCAAACUAGCCACUGGACAGUCGUAGAAGUCGUGAGAGCAGAAAGUUGCCCACUUUCUGCUGGCAGUUGGUAGUCUGUGCCUAGCACUAAGAUGAUGUCGACCAAAAGCCAUUUUUAACGACUGUAAUUACAUAGUAGAUAUAUUUUUCUGCAUAAAAUAUCAGUGCCAUGGCUCAUAUUUUCGAAGCUAUUUUAGUCCUAUGAAAUCGUAAAACCAUCGUAAGUUGUGACGUCACUACAACACACACCAUAGAUGGUUUUACAAUUUCGCAGGCUAAUAUUGCUUCGUAAAUAUGGGCCCAGCUGUAUAUUAAAUGUGUUUCUGGUAUUCGUUUAAGGUCAAAUAUAUAUUUGUUCGAACAUAAUAAAUUAAUUCGGAGACCCAAUCCAGUUUGAGCUACUUACAAAUAUUAAGAUAAGCAA